AUGCUUUCAGAUACCAGCAUUGACAUGGUUGUCGACUCCAAACAGAUUUGUAAUGCUGGUUCGCCAUACUACUGUGCAGCACUUUACCCUGGGUCGGGGCCUGGUGCCCACACACCCACAGUCACCGUGGACGCAGGAGUAAGCCUGGCCCUUGCCUCACUUAUGCCUCCCACACUGCCAUUACUGCCACAAGCUGCGGCUGCAGCAGCAGCUGCCGCUUUCCUGCCGUACCAGCAGGCAGCGGCAAUGUGUCCUGCUGGCCCAAGUGGGCCACCUCGCGCUCCACUUGCUCCCCCUCGAACUUCGCGAUCCUCUGCCUUCACUGUGGAGGAACUACUCAAGGACAAGAGAUCUGCCUCACUAAGAGAAGAAGAAAGUGAUGUGCCUGCCAUUGUAUCCAGUCUAUAUGGACCCACACCGCUACAUCUUCCCUCUCACCCGAACACCCACCGCCUUGUCCCUCUAGCUUUCCCACAUCCUCCCACGCAUAUCCGACCCUCAGCUCUCCCCAAGAAUCAUUCUCCAUCCCUUCCGCUCGAAAAUCCACGACAUUCCCCAGUAUCUUCAACCACAACUAAGUCCACAUUCCAGAGUAGCACUGUGCCCACCACAACUUCAGUCUCUCCUUCGGACUCCACAAGGGCCUCGCGCUCGUCUAGCCCAAAGGUGUUCCCUUCUCUGUCCUCCUGUACAUCACCUUCCCUUCCUCAUCGUCUCACUCCAUCUCCACCAAGCCCAGAGUCAUCUCUAAUCGUCCUUCCAACACGAUCUUCUUCGUCUCUUUCUUCUUCCCCUUCUUUCAUUUACUCCCUUCAGAACAGCAACACCUCCAAACCCCAAAUUGGCAUUAAGCGUCCCUCAGACACAAAAAUUAAAAUGAUCACUCCAAGCUCGUAUCACUUGCACAACUCCCAGUAG